CAAAAAAAAAAAAGAUAAGAUUGAUAAUUCGAUAUAAAUAAAUACGACAUGCGUACAAGUGCGUGCCAGAGUGUUUGUGUGUGAGUUUGUUAGCUGGAAAGCGAGGGAAAAACUAACAUUCUGGGGAAGUAAACUGAGAAACCAGGUAAACUAAACCCAAUCCAAUCGAUUGAGGGCUCACAUAAAGACGGGAUCAAUCGCCUGGGCCAGUGGGGGACGUCAUGCGGCCGCCGCAGGAAAGCGAAAGUGGUUGUGGGUGGCUCGCCAGAAAACUCUAAAAACGCAAGCGCAAAAAACAAAAAAAAAAAACCCAACAGCAGCAGCAGCCCCAACACAGGAGCGGAGGAGGAGAAGAAAAGAACGAGAAGAAAGGAACGAAACGAAAAAAAAAAUCGGGCAAGCAACAAGAAGAAGGAGAGAAGGAUAUUUUUCAGGUCAUGGUCGAUUAGCUGGCAUCGUAGUUGUAUCCUUGGAUCAUCAUGUCUAGCGAAGCCUCAACGGAGAGCGACAGCGAGCUGUGCGAUCCUUUGGCCGAGGAGCUGCACAACGUCCAGCUGGUGAAGCAUGUGACCCGGGAGAACAUCGAUGCUUUAAAUGCGAAAUUCGCCAAUCUGCAGGAGCCGCCGGCCAUGUACUUAACGGAAUACCAGGAGCUAACGUCCAAGCUCCACGAACUGGAGGCCAAGGAGCAUGAACUGAUGGAGCAGCUGAACACGCUGCAGAAGCAGGAGGAGGAUGUAUCCACCGCCAGCGAGCAGCAGCAGCAGCAGUUGCACCAACAGCUGCAGCAGCGAAUGCGUGACCAGCCGCACUAUCAGAACCAAACCCAGAUCCUCCAGCAGCAACGGCAGCUGGCUCGGGUGCAGGGCAGCGAUCUGACCGACAGUUUGGGUGGAUCCAAUUCGAAUCCGGGCAGCCAGUGCGGUACUCUGACUCGCCAGCCCAAGAUCCUGUUGCGCGCCCAUCUGCCCAAUCAGCAGCGCACCUCCGUGGAGGUGGUGGCCGGGGUGCGGCUGUGUGAUGCCCUGAUGAAGGCACUGAAGCUGCGCCAGCUCACGCCGGACAUGUGCGAGGUGAGUACCUCGCAUAGCGGACGACAUAUCAUACCCUGGAACACGGACAUCGGUACGCUGCACGUGGAGGAGAUAUUUGUGCGGCUGGUGGACAAGUUCCCCAUACGCACCCACAUCAAUCAUCAGUUCCUGCGGAAGACAUUCUUCUCGCUGGUCUUCUGCGAGGGCUGUCGGCGGCUGCUCUUCACGGGCUUCUACUGCAGCCAGUGCAACUUUAGGUUCCAUCAGCGGUGCGCCGGUCGAGUGCCGAUGCUGUGCCAGCCCUUCCCCAUGGACAGCUACUAUCAACUGAUGCUGGCCGAGAAUCAGGACAACGGGAUCGGAUUGAAUGGACGCGGCACAGCGGUGCGAUUCAACGUGAGUAGCCGCAGUCGGAGUCGACGGUGCAGCAGCAGCGGCAGCAGCAGCAGCUGUUCUAAACCACCAUCCUCAUCCUCCGCCUCCAACCAUCGACAGGGUCGCCCGCCGCGCAUCAGCCAGGACGAUCGCUCCAAUUCGGCGCCGAACGUGUGCAUCAACAACAUCCGAUCGGUGACCAGCGAGGUGCAGCGCAGCCUCAUCAUGCAGGCCAGGCCCCCGUUGCCGCAUCCCGGCACGGAUCACUCCAACUCGACGCAGGCCUCGCCCACCAGCACCCUGAAGCACAAUCGUCCCCGGGCCCGUUCCGCCGACGAGAGUAACAAGAAUCUGCUCCUCCGGGACACCAAGAGCUCCGAGGAGAACUGGAACAUCAAGGCUGAGGAGAUACUUAUUGGGCCUCGCAUCGGCUCGGGAUCCUUCGGGACUGUGUACCGCGCCCACUGGCACGGCCCUGUAGCCGUGAAGACGCUCAACGUGAAGACACCGAGCCCAGCCCAGCUGCAGGCCUUCAAGAACGAGGUGGCCAUGCUGAAGAAGACGCGCCACUGCAACAUCCUGCUCUUCAUGGGCUGCGUCUCCCAGCCCUCGCUGGCCAUUGUCACCCAGUGGUGCGAGGGCAGCAGCCUCUACAAGCACGUCCAUGUCAGUGAGACGAAGUUCAAGCUGAAUACGCUGAUCGACAUUGGCCGGCAGGUGGCCCAGGGCAUGGAUUAUCUGCAUGCCAAGAACAUCAUACACAGAGACCUCAAGUCCAACAACAUCUUCUUGCACGAGGAUCUGUCGGUGAAGAUCGGUGAUUUCGGUCUGGCCACUGCGAAGACUCGAUGGUCGGGCGAGAAACAGGCCAACCAGCCGACGGGCAGUAUUCUGUGGAUGGCUCCCGAGGUGAUCCGUAUGCAGGAACAGAAUCCCUACUCCUUCCAGUCCGAUGUGUACGCCUUCGGGAUCGUGAUGUACGAACUGUUGGCGGAGACGCUGCCCUACGGUCAUAUCAGCAACAAGGAUCAGAUACUGUUCAUGGUCGGGCGGGGUCUCCUCCGGCCAGAUAUGAGCCAGGUGCGUUCCGAUGCGCCGCAGGCAUUGAAACGUCUGGCCGAGGACUGCAUCAAGUAUACGCCAAAGGAUCGUCCGCUAUUCCGGCCGCUCCUCAACAUGCUGGAGAAUAUGCUGCGAACGUUGCCGAAAAUCCAUCGCAGCGCCAGUGAACCGAACCUGACGCAGUCGCAGCUGCAGAACGAUGACUUUCUGUACCUGCCCAGUCCGAAGACGCCGGUGAACUUUAAUAAUUUCCAGUUCUUCGGCAGUGCCGGAAAUAUUUAAAUCAUAUAUAUAUAUACAUAUAUAUAUAUAGACCCGAUUCCCGGCCAAGCUGUACCUGUACUUGUAUAGUCCUGCACAGCCAAUAUCUAUCCAACGUGAUCUACCUAUCCUUGUAGGAUUUUUAUGCCUGCACACUAUAUAGAUAUAUAAUAUAUAUAAAUGGUACUUUUUUUUUUUUUUUUUUGUGUGUCCCCCUCUCCCCUUCCCCCUCUCUGUAUAUAAGCAAUUUGUGAGUGAGACACUGAAGGGGCCAGUCAGUCAGAAAGAGAGAGCUGCUACGGCUGGUGGCUGGCUUCCAGGUGGCGACCGACAAUUUGCUGCUUUCCUUGGAACUGACAAAGUGCAUUUCUGUUACGACAAACAAACAAACAAAAAAAAAAGAAAAAGAAAAGAAACUCUAAACUAUAAACUGUAAAGCUGUAAACUAAACUGCAACGCCCAUGUGUACAUAAAUGCAUCAUAUAACUUAUAAAAUGUUAGGCGAAAAAACUACUGAAACUAAACUAAAAAACUAAAACUAAACUAGCUGAUCGCAAUUACAUUAAAACACAUUAUACUUAUACUACAGAA